AUGCUCCAACUUCAGGCAUUCUCAGCACAACCCGUUCAAGUGACAGGGAAUUCUCAGCAGCUCCGGCUUCGCGUGCUGUGCUUCUCACGUGCUGUGCUUCCCACGUGCACUCCACCUUCAGGCAUUCUCAGCACCACCCAAUCACGUGGCAGUGGAUUCUCAACUGCUUCUGCCUCGCGUGCUGUGUUUCUCACGUGCACUGCACGCAUCCUCACCACACCCCGUUCACCUGCCCCUUCCGCUCUAGGUGCUUCCCCCCCUUCCGCUCUCUGUAUCUCCACCCCAGCUUCCCCUGGGCCUCCUUCCGCGGAUCCAGGCGCGGCGCAACACCGGCUAGCAGCGCGGGACGGGGGCGCGGAAGCUGGCACGGGGAAGGAGAACGACCGGCAGCGGCGGAGAGCGGCGAUCUUGUCGGACGGAUGCGGGGAACGCGCCGGUAAGCGCGGAAGCGGAGCGGGAUUGUGCGUAACGGAUGCGGGAGUGCGCGGAAAAGGGGAGGAAGUGGCGGAGGGAGGUGAUGCCAGCGUUGCUGCUGACGGUCUCACAUACCCUUUCGCAGCCAUGUUUACAGCGCGCAGAAAGAUUCAGAAGGAGAAGGGUCAGGAGCCCGAUGAGUUCGAGGAAACCGUCGCUCAGGCCCUCUUCGAUUUGGAGGCGACCAAUCAGGAGCUGAAGAGCGACCUGCGCGAUCUCUUCAUCAACAGCGCAAAGGAGAUCGACGUGUCGAGCAGCCGCAAGGCGGUCAUCGUGCACGUGCCGUACCGCCUGCGCAAGGCGUUCCAGAAGAUCCACGCGCGCCUCGUGCGGGAGCUCGAGAAGAAGUUCAGCGGCAAGGAUGUAGUGUUGGUUGCCACCCGCCGUAUUCUCCCCAAGCCCCGCAAGGGCUCCAAGGUGGUGCGGCCGCGCACGCGCACGCUGACGGCGGUGCACGAGGCGAUCCUGGAGGACCUCGUCUUCCCCACGGAGAUCGUUGGCAAGCGCGUUCGCUUCCGGUUGGACGGCUCGCGCAUCAUGAAGGUGUACCUGGACCCCAAGGAGCGCAACAGCACCGAGUACAAGGUGGAGACGUUUUCUGCUGCCUACAAGAAGCUCACCGGCAAGGAUGUUGUCUUCGAGUUCCCCAUCACCGAGGCUGCUGCCUAA